AUGAGCGAAGAUAAAAGCAACGAAACGUUUGGUGAUUCUGCGAUAGGAAACGAUACUGUUGAUGAUACUAUAAUUUUUGUAUCAAGUAAUUUUCUCUAUGUACUAUGUCUGAGUCAAGAGCAUAUCAAAUACACCGCUUCAACGGGCAGAAUUACCAACAGACAGAUGGAGAUUUACAUGACUGAGAACAAAUUGAAGGAAUAUAUUUUAGGCACUACACAGCGUACAGAAGCAAAUUCACGUAUCUGGGAUGAGAAGGAUGCGGAGGCACAAGCCUUUAUAAUGCGAGGUAUCGAGUUGGAGCAGCUGAAAUACUUAACGGAGUGUACAACUGCAGCACAAAUGUGGUCAAAGCUGAAAAUCGUACAUUCCGAGAAAUGUGAGCAGUCGGCGCAAGUGCUGUUAGAAAAAUUUAUAAACUGCAAAAUGGAUUUGGAUGAGAGCAUUGUUAAUUAUGUAGCGAGAGUUGUGUCUUUAGCACAAAGACUUAAAGACAUGGAUAUGGAACAAAAACAGCCUAUGGUUAUUGCAAAAAUUUUAAGCAGUUUGCCGUCUAAAUAUGACCAUGUAAGAACUGCUUGGUAUGCAGUACCCCGGGCAGAACAGAAUAUCGAACGACUAACCGAUCAUUUAGUAAAUGAAGAGUCACUAAUGAAUUUACGCUCAGCUCACCACGUUGAAGAUGACACGGUAAAGACUGCAUAUUCAGUGAAUAAGUUCAACAAAAAGCCAAAGAUGCGCACUAAACGUAGUGGAAGCUGCAACUAUUGCCAUAAAGAAGGGCACUGGGCACGAGAAUGUUUUAAAAAGCAACGUGAUAGUCAAAAUAGCAUAUCUAAUGAAAAGCACUCACUUGCUCUAGAGAGAGAAACUGGUUUGAAAUCUAGCGGUUCAAAUAGCUCCAAACAAAAGAAUGCUGAAAAUACACACUUGUUUGUCUUGCAAACGAAUACCACACAAAAUAAAAUGAAAAACAUAUUUUACGCGGAUUCUGGAGCCACAGACCACAUGACAUUCCUGAGGGAGCUACUAAAGAAUUUUCGGGAAUUUUCCACUAAUGCAUGCCAGGUAAAAGUUGGUGACGGUCGAAGGCUGGACGUUUGCGGUAUCGGAGAUAUUGAAGUGUAUGCAAUGAAUCAGGAGAAGUUUAUUCAUACAAUUAAAGAUGUCUAUUGGUGCAUGAACUUGAUAUGA